ACCGUGUUUUGCUGGCUUUGUAGCAAUCCUGCGUGUCUGUAGCUGUCUCCCCUGCGCGCUCGUCUUCUUUUUCCACUGGAAUAUUCACACUUUGGGACACAUCGGGACCGUCCGAGGCACUCAUGGGACACCCGGGUCCCGUCCCACCUUGCGUCGGUCCGGCUCAGUGAGCGCGGGAUGCGCGGCGACGGAGUGCAGGCCAGGCCGGGGGGCCCCGGGGCCGUGUGACGGACGGCUGCGCUCCACUGAGUCCGGCGAGAGAAGCCGAGCACGUUGACUCUUCAAGCCGUCUAUCUCCGCGCACUUCGUCUCGUCUCGCGGCCCAUGGAGUGCACGUGAAUGCGGGACGCGUGGGCAUUGUGAUCGGGGAGGCCAUGUGGGCAGCAGGGCGGCGGUGCCGGGUCCAACCCUGAGGAGGCGUCCGGCGGCUGUCCUCCCGCGGUCCCCCCCGCCCGCGGCGCUCCGGGACGCCCCUACUAAGAUGUCCCUCGGCGGCGGCGGCCCUGCAGGCGGGAAAGGCGUGGACCCCAACGCGGUGGACGCGUACGACAGCGGCGAUGAGUGGGACAUCGGCGUGGGCAAUCUGAUCAUUGACCUGGACGCCGACCUGGAGAAGGACAAACUGGAGAUGUCGGGCAGCAAGGAGGGCGCCGCCGCCCCGCCGGGGGCCGUGGCCGCUCUGCCAGACAACAUCAAGUUCGUCAGCCCUGUCCAGGCCAAAGAGGGCAAAUCCAAAUCCAAGCGGAGCAAGAACUCCAAAGACGGCCUCAAGGCAGCGGCGCCGCCCCCUGACGCCCCUAAAAAGGACGCCGCCGCCCAGAACCUCAACUCGGCCCCUGCCAAAGGCGGCGGCGACAAGUCCGGCAAAGCUUCGCGCGUCCCGGCCGCCGUCAAGAAGGACAAGGACGGCGCGCCGGCCAAGACCAAGAAGGACAAAACGGAGGCGGACAAGGAGACGCCGCCCCGCUUUGAGGGCCAGCAGAACUCUGAGGGCGCCGCCGAGCACCUCGCUCACGUGGCUCUGGAAUCGGCGGGCGGGGGCCGGCCCGUCGCCGUGGCCACCGAGGAGGAGGAAGACGAGGAUGAGGACAUGGACAACGGGGAAUGUCGCAACCUUAAGAAGAUAUUGUGUGGGGACAAGAUGGAGUCCCCCGGCUCCACGCCGGCGCCCCUGUCGUCCGGCGACAUUUCGUCAGCGUGCGAGCAGAUCAUGGUGCGCACGCGCUCGGUGGCCGUCAACACGGCCGACGCCGCGCAGGCCACCGAGCCAGAGUGCCUGGGACCCUGCGAGCCCGGGACCAGCGUCAACCUGGAGGGCAUCGUCUGGCAGGAGACCGAAGACGGCAUGCUGGUGGUUAACGUGACGUGGAGGAACAAGACGUACGUGGGAACCCUGUUGGACUGCACCAGGCACGACUGGGCGCCGCCGAGGUUCUGCGAUUCUCCUACCAGCGACGUGGAGAUGCGAGGCGGGCGAGGGCGCGGUAAGCGCAUCCGCCCCGCCGGUGGCGGGGGCGUGCCGACCGCCGACAACGGCGCCUCCUCGGACAGCAAGGGCGGCGGCAAGACCCGCGGGGGCGGCGCCAAUGGCAAGGGUCGGCGCGGCAGCCAGACGGGCGCCACCGUCGUCGCCGAGGACGCCAAGGCCAGCCCCUCCUCGGCCAAGAGGAAGAGCAAGCCCGCCUCCGACAUGGAGCCCACGUCCAGCUCGGAGGACAGCAAGGCGUCCAAACGCAUGCGCAGCAACUCCACGGGCGCCGCCCACACCCCGCCGGAGCGCUCCUGCCCCUCUCCCGUGCUCAUCGACUGCCCCCACCCCAACUGCAACAAGAAGUACAAGCACGUCAACGGUCUGAAGUACCACCAGGCGCGCGCCCAUCACGAGCACGACGCCGACAAGUACCCGCCGGCUCCCGGCCACCACGAGCACGACGCCGACAGCGAGUAUGGCGAAGAGGUCGGGCCCCACCCCGACGCCUCCUCCUGCAACGGCACAGUCGCCGCCGUCUCCCCAGCCCGCUCGACCACGCCUAAAGGGCGGGUCUCGGACGCCCCCUCGCCGGCACUCAAGCACAGCAAGAAGCACGAGCCGGACGCCACGGACGGCGAGUGCUUGACGGACGAGGCCAGUAACGACGGCGCAGACGACAGGAAGGCCAAAAAGACGGGCGGGAAAACGGACAAAAUGGCCCCCAAGGGCGCCAAGCCCGCUCGGCCGCCGGCGCCCGCUCCUUGUUACCUUCCGCAGGCCAGCUCCCCCGCGCCGGCCCCGAAAAACGGGCAGUCGAAAAACACCGAGCCCACCCCCAAAGACAAGAAAAAGAAAGACAAGAAGAGGCGGGAGGGCGACAGCCCUAAGGGGCCGCGUCCGGAGGAGGGGUACGCGGAGGCGGGCGACGCCCUGCUCAACGGCUCCUCGGAAGCUCAGCAGAACCGCUUGGCCAGCAUAAAGGCGGCAGCUGACAAAGUCUACAGCUUCUCGGACAAUGCGCCCAGCCCCUCCCUGGGCGCCAGGGCGGAGGGCGCCCCGGGGCAGAACGGGGGUGACGGCGCAUCCGUCCAGACCGGCAGCCCCGCCUACUCUGACAUCUCCGACGCGGGCGAGGACGGCGGCGAAGGCAAGGCGCCCAAAGCGGAGUCUGACUCCAAGAAGGCGCUCUUCUCCCCUCGGGUGCCGCCCGCCAAGGACGCCCCCUACUACCCCAACUACGAGUCCUACUACCCGGGCGACUACGCCGAGAGUGAGGCCAGGGUUGAGAAGGAGAAAGAGGAGGAGGAGCCCGAGGCGGUCGGGGAGGCGGAGCCUAAAGCCGAGCCCCGGGAGGAGCCGGAGUCGGAGCCCGGUCCCCCGCAGCCGUCGGUCAUCCAGCAGCGCCCCAACGUCUACGCCCCCCCGCCCCUCUACUACAACCAGUACUACGGCCAGCCCUACUCGUACUCGCCCGAACAGGCCUACCACAGCCACCUGCUGGCCUCUAGCCCCGCCUACCGGCAGCAGUGCGAGGAACGGCAGAGGCCGGCGGCCGACAAAAAGGCGGAAGGCAAGGCGCCGGGGCCGCCCGCCCUCACGCCGGGCCCCGGCAAGCCCAAGGAGGUGGGCCCGGAGCAGGCCAAGUCGGUCAUCAUGGUGAAGAGCGAGGAGCCCAAGGCUGCCGCUCCCCCGCCCGAGGGACUUAAGAUGAAGUUGAGCGAAGCGGGGCACCAUGGCAAGGACGCCGCCGCCGUGUGGUACAGACAGGAGCCCGACUCCCGUCUGUGGCCCUCGUACGUGUAUCCCGGCAAGUACUCUGAAGACGAGCGCGAGAGGAAGUGGAAGGAGGAGCGUCCGCGGCCCAAGGAGGCGCCGCCUCAGAAGGAGGAGGCCAAGGAGGCCGCCCCGGAGGAGCCGUCCCGGGGCGCCAAGGAGGCGCGGCCACCUCACGUGCAGUUUUCCUCGCCUCUGGCGCAGCACCAGGGCUACGUUCCCUACGUGCAUGGACCCUACGCCUAUGGGCAGGCCUACGAGCCCGGGCACCCCCCCGGGCACCCCCCCGGGCACCCCGGCUACAGGGGCGUGCCGUCCGUCAUGAUGCAGAAUUACCCCGGUUCCUACCUCCCCACCGGUUACUCCUUCUCGCCGUACGCCGGCAAAGCGGCGGCGGCGGGUGCAGAGGAGGGCGAAAAGGCGGCGGUGGCGCGUUCAAGUCCAACGGUAAAGGGGGCGGCAGGCGAGGCCAAAGCGCUGGAGCUCCUGCAGCAGCACGCCAGCCACUACAAGAGCAAGUCGCCCUCCGGGCCUCCCGACAAGGAGCGGGACGGCGAGCGCCCCCCGCGGUCCUCGCCGUCCCAGCGCGCCGGUGGUGCCGGGCCCCCCGCCGCUCACCACCAUCAUCACCACCACCACCUGGCCUACCCGCUGCUGGCCGCUGCACAGUACGACCUCUCAUACGCCGCUGGUCUGUCGUCGUCCGCGUUGGUGGCCGGUCAGCAGACGUCGGCGCCGUCCAUGUACCCGCCCCCGCGGAGGUGAGGAAGGCAGCCCCGCCCGGAGUCACGUGCCCGGGUGGCGCGAGCGACGGCGGAGCGCUAGGCCGCCCCGCCCGCCCCGGAGGACCUACCGUUUGUCCCCGAAACGGGAAGAAACGCCGCGGGGCGACCGAUCGUAGCGCGGCGGGCGACGUCCUCCUCCCCCCCUCAGUGUGUAGCCAUACUGCAGUGCGCGUGUGUAAAUAAAUGUACAGAAGAAUCAUUUGAAGAGUGUGGAUGCUGCUUUGCUUCCUACUCUUCUUUUUUUUUUUUGUUUUUGUCUUUGUUGUUUUUCUACUCUUCUGGAUCCUAAUAAAAACAUGUAGCUUGACCGCCUCCUUCAUGACAUCACUAAGUCACAUGACUCGCAAGUGUCCAAUGGCAGACGAUGCUUUGACAUUGAUCAUUGAAAUAAGCUCGUUAUGACUUGAUUUGAUUGUCAGUGCAUUG